UAAAAAUGUCUCAAUCAAAACUACAUAGAGCCGCAGCGUACCAUCCAAAGAAGAGGUAUACCUUCAAGACAUUCAGAGCAUCAAGGAACAAUAGCAAGAAGUCCCUUAACAAGAGCAACCUGAAUCACUACGGCCAGAGAAGCCCAGAGUCCCGGAAACUUUCAGAGAAUUUGCAGAAGAUCAUAGUACUCAGAAUAAUGAAAAGAUUCAAGCCUCAGCAAAAGACUAGUAGCCUUGAACAUCAGAUCCUAGACUGGAUUGAUCUCUACAAAAACAACAAGACUCACAAAGGUCCGAUCCUCUUCACAGAGUCUAUGAUAAGCCAAUGUGUCAGAGAUAUCCAAACAAGGGAUUCAUCAGCAAAUGUCUCAAUACCAGCCCUCCAGAAUAUCAGGCAUAAGAGCCAAAAGAGAGAUGGAAAAAGGGCUAUGAUGCAUACACUCAAUAGUAGCCAGAGAAGUGUCGACAUGAAAGAAAAACACCCAAUGAACCUAGAUAGGUCCUUAAAAACUUUGAGCUACCAGCAUGGCUCCUUUAGAGAAAGGAGCUUCCAGAAAGUCUCAUCUCGUAUCAAAAGAAUGAUUCCUGAGAUUAACAGUAGCAGCAACAGAAAGGAAGCAGGCCUUCACACUGGUAUCCCCCACCUUCGAAACCGAACAGACCAUAAUUCUAGUCUUAGAAGGGAGCACCGAAAUAGUGCUUCGAACGACUUAAACAGUCUGGACAUAAAAUAGAAGCUUACAUCAGAAAGAAUUCAGAAAAAUGGUCCUAAACGACCUGGCCGAGUCCUCAAACCUCAAAGAAACCAUGCUUCUUAACGAAAGACUCGAAGAUGAGAGACUAGCCAAACAGUACAAAAUGGAGCAUGAGAAAGAUCUCAAGACUCAGAACUGGUUAAAAAUUGAAACGUUCAGAUAAAAACCCGAGAGCUUUUUCACUACA